AUGCUUACAGGGCCCCGAAGACGCCAUAAUGGCCAACCGCAGGCCUGCGAACCAUGUCGCAAGGCCAAAGUUCGCUGUGAUCAUUCCAGUCCGAAGUGCGCGCGCUGUGUCUUGCGCAGCCUGACUUGCGUCUAUCACCCAGCUCCUAUGACCAAACGCCGCCCGCCGACCUCUCCGACAACAUCAAGUUUCGACGCUGUUCGAGCUACAAACAUAGAAGCUAUUUUCAAUACCCCCAGCGACACACAAAUGCGUGUUGAACCUCAAGUAGGUGCAGAACCCUCUCCCUCUGUUGCAGAUCCUGGCUCCGCUGCGAGUUCGGGUCUAGUCGCUCGUUCCCAUGCAUCAAAUACAUCGAAACGGAAUACGCUCUUCCGGAAGGAAAUGGGACAUAAUGAGACAACACGGUUCUCUGCUGUCUUUUUAGAAAAUAAAGACAGCUUUGGCCCAGUGAUUCUCGAUGCCACGAGCUCCAAUGAGAUGCUAGAACAUGAGCCUAAUGUCACUUCGCCUCGCCUCGAGUUGGCCGUCAGGACGCUUCUUAACUUCCCUACAGCUCGUACAUGUGAUAUGUUAUUGACAAGCAUUCAUAAUAUUUAUGACCCCUGGGUAUCUCCAACUAUGAUCAAACAGUGUUUGGACCAAAUAUGGAUCGAAUAUGGUAGGGAUCUGGAAGGUCGUCGAACGCAUGAAUCCGUGUUGAGAAUGGCGAACGAUCUCCUCAUAAAUGACAAAAAACUUAAUCCUAUCUCGGAAAAUGAUAGUGACGGCAGUUUUGAACCUUCUGGUUGGAUGAAUUGGUUUAGUGGACCGUACUUGAGAUGGGAAAUGAUUGGGAUUAUCUUCAGCUGGGCUGGAAUGGCUUUCCGACACAGACAAGAAUGGGAUCCAGUUUUUGAUCUACCUGAACAGCAUGGGCGAAAUCGCAACACAGCUGCAGAAAAUAUGAGAGAGUGCACUGCGGCAUGUUUGAAGCUUUGCCAGGAGAAUCUUGAAAUCAGUGAUCUCCUGGUCAUUUGCAUGAAGAAUAGUAGCCGUCUGCAAAGCAUCAUUAUCAGUGACGAGAGCGAUCGUAUACUGGUCGACUUUGGCACUGUUCGCAGUGCUUUCAUAACUGCAGGAUUACACCGUCUGGGCCCGCUCAAGGAAGUAACACCAUUCUCGCAACACCGAGCAUCAGUCGCCUCAUCUAUGUACUACUACGACAAAUGCCACAGCCUUUUUAAUGCUCGGCCGCCCAUGCUGAUUUCCCGUUAUUGUAAAUGUCCACUUCCGCUCGAUCUAUCAGAAGAAGAUAUUUAUGGUGGUCGAGAGCGACUGGCAGCGGCUGUUGCCAAACUUGAUUCGAAUGGCUGGAACCGUGAUGGGAAUAUCUUCACAGCUAGCUGGCUUCGAGCGCUUGCGAUGCUAAGUCCCAUUCGAGAGGGCAUUCUGGAACUUUCACUGAGUGUGGGCAUACAAUUUACCAAAUCCCAAGUCGAGGAUCUCAUCUUCAAAUUAGAAAAAAUAGUGAUUUCGUAUCCUCCACAUAUUCAGUAUCACGGUGACUCUGACUGGUCCCUGAAAUCAAUGUUGUACCCACAUGGGCGAAGUGCUCACGACAUCUACAUUACUACUCGCAUUCAUCUCGAUGUAUUGCAAUGUCAAUUUCUGUUACAACGCCUUCUUGUUUCACGACAAUUUUGUGGCGGUCAAGAUUUAUUCGAUGUUGCGCAAGAGACAAUGUCUGUUAUUCUGACUCUCUGGCUUAAGCGGGAUCAACUACCGGAGCUGUAUCAUACGGCAUGCCCUGUGCCGGAAUCUUAUGCCUGGAGCUCCUUCGGGCGACUAACCUAG